AACUUACUUCUUUGUUUCCUCUUUCUUUGACUUGUUGCUCUUUCGUUCGGCUUCAACGAUUGUACCAAUAUGAUAUUUCUUCAUAAGCUCUUUAGCAUCUUGCGAGUGACCAAUAUCGUUGAAAGAUUCAGUGGUCUCUUUUCCUGCAUACUCAAUAAGAAUUUCCUCUCCACCUAUAGAUUCAGCUGCGAACUUUGUUAAAUCAUAAACAUUAUCGUCUAUGAUCAUGUACAGGUCAUCGCGUGUAUUGUGCGCUGAUACUUCUGCGAUAGUGAAUUCCUUUGUAGCCAU